AUGACUACAGAAUCGACCGCAAGAGGCCGCUCGGCUCUGGCCGUCAGCGCUGUCUUCACCACAUUGGCAACGACGCUGGUUCUUAUUCGCAUCUAUACGAGAGCAAUUAUGGUGAAGCAGAUGGGAGCAGAUGACUAUGCCAUUAUAGCCUCCUUAAUAUUCUCAUGGGUCUUCUUCGGGUUAUUCGUCGGAGAAGUCUACCAUGAUAUGGGUCAAUACUUCAAACUCAUCCCAGGCGCAAUCUAUAAGGCUCAGAUGAUAUGUUUCUGGGCCUCGGUUCCAAUCUAUCAGUGCAGCCUCUUCAGCACUAAGAUCUCCAUCCUCCUUCAAUACCGACGAGUCUUCUCAACACCGCGCUUGCGUACAGCCUGCGCCAUCCUUCUCGGAUUCAUUGUCGUCUACGGCACAUGGUCGGUCGUUAGUGCCUGGGCAAACUGCGUCCCCCUCGCCAAAUUUUGGGAGCCUUCAGUGCCGGGAUUUUGUUUUGAUAAGAAAGCCCUGUGGUUUUCGAACUCGGCCAUUCACAUUCUCACCGAUCUCAUGAUUUUGAUCUUCCCAAUGCCCGUGCUCAAGUCUCUCCAACUGCCCAGGAGGCAGAAGCUAGCUCUGAUGGGCGUCUUUGCUCUCGGUGGAUUCGUCGUGAUAACCACGAUCCUCCGCCUCCACAGUCUCCUAAUUAUCUCCAACUCCACUGAUCCAACCUACGACAACGUCGGCGCCGCAGCCUGGUCCGCCGUCGAAUGCAACGUCGCCAUCAUCUGCGCCUCCCUCCCCAGCACGCGCGCAUUCCUCUCCCAACUCCUCCCCCACAUCUUCUCCACCGCCAGCAAUGGCUACCGCAGCAAAACAACACGACCCUCCCGAACUGGCCAGAGCGCUCUCACUGGCAACACCUUCCAAAACACUAAUGUCCAGGCAUCAGUAAUUGGUGGCCGCAAGACUGUGCAAGAUGGAUACGACUUGGAUGACCUGUCACCCGACGGGUCGAUCCAUAGCUAUGAAAAGAAGCAGGAUGCCAAAGAGCCUUUUGCUGGUAUUAAGGUUACUACUCUUGUGACGCAGGAGUCGAACGUUACUCCUGUUGGGAAUCAGAAGAUGGAGAGUACCGAUGAGCUUGUUUGA